AUUUCCAUAGACUUGUCAACGAGGCAUAGGUCCUUCAAGAUUUCCGCCACUUUGAGCAAGAUAGACGCAAUGGAUUAUUUUCUACCGUUCCCUCCAGCGACGGAAAAGUUUCUCAUCUUCCCCACAAAUGCUACGGCCACCGUGAACUUCCUGAUCUUAAUCUGCUCCCUGAUCUUUUGGAUAUCAAGAAGAUUCUCAAGGACUGCAGGGAAGAAAAAAGGAGCGCCAGAAGCUGGAGGAGGGUGGCCUCUAAUUGGCCACCUCCACCACCUAGGAGGGCCGCAACCGCCCCACAAAGUAUUGGACAACAUGGCUGGCAAAUACGGUCCGAUCUUCACUAUCAAGAUGGGCAUGUAUCGAGCUUUGGUAGUGAGCAACUGGGAGAUUACCAAGGAGUGUCUGACCAUCAACGAUAGAGCUUUCGCUAAUCGUCCAAAAAUUCUAGCCAUGGACCUUUUGGCCUAUAAUCGUGCCAUGUUUGGGUUUAGCUCAUACGGCAACUACUGGCGUCAAACGCGCAAAAUAGCCACACUUGAACUUCUCUCUAACCACCGACUCGAGAUGCUGAAACAUGUAAGAGAAUCGGAGGUGGGGACAGCUUUAAAAGAGUUGUAUAGAUUAUGGGAAAAGAAGAAAAAUAAUUCAAAUAUGGUGUUGGUGGAGAUGAAGAGAUGGUUCGCAGACAUAUCCUUGAACGUGAUCUUGAGGAUAAUUUUUGGGAAAUCUGUGGGAUAUAUGACUACAAAUCAAGGCGAAGAUAAUGAAAGAUUGAAGGAAGCGUUGAGGAAUUUCAUUGAUUUGUCAGGGAAGUUUGUGGCGGCUGAUGCGAUACCCUUUUUGAGAUGGCUGGAUAUUGGAGGAUACGAAAGAGCCAUGAAGAAGACAGCUAAAGAUUUGGACCUUAUUGCUGAAGGAUGGCUAAAGGAGCAUAAGGAGAAGAAAGCUUCUGGUGUUAAGAAGGGAGAAGAAGACUUCAUGGGUCUGAUGCUGGAUAUUCUUGAUGAUGAUGCACAGCUGGUUGUAGGUCGAGAUUCCGAUACCGUCAACAAAGCCACAUCCCUGGGUCUGACUGUGGCAGCAUCAGACACAACGGCAGUGACGUUGAUAUGGGCUCUCUCUUUAUUAAUCAACAACCCAAGUGUCCUAAAGAAGGCCCAACACGAGUUGGACAUCAAUGUUGGUAAGAAAAGACGAGUACAUGAAUCUGAUAUGAAUAGCUUGGUUUACCUCAAAGCCAUUAUCAAGGAAACGCUGCGUUUAUACCCUGCUGCACCGCUUUCUUUGCCGCAUGAAUCCAUGGAGGACUGCACUGUAGCUGGCUACCAUAUUCCAGCAGGCACAAGACUCCUUAUUAAUCUUAGCAAGAUUCAUCGUGAUCCAAGGGUGUGGUCCAAACCUUUUGAAUUCCAACCCGAACGAUUUCUUACGAUUCACAAAGAUUAUGAUGUUAGGGGACAAAACUUUGAACUUAUACCGUUUGGCAGUGGAAGAAGGAUAUGCCCUGGUGUCUCUUUUGCGCUUCAUGUUUUGCAAUUAACUCUAGCUACGUUGCUACAGGGGUUUGAUUUUGCAAAUCCAACAAGCAAGCCGCUUGAUAUGAGUGAGAGCAAUGGAUUAACCAGCUUAAGAGCAACCCCACUUGAAUGCCUCCUUAGUCCUCGCCUUCAAUCUCAUCUCUAUCAAUAAAUUGGCCAAUCAAUGUCGACCUUGUAUGACUAUGUAUAUUGAAACUAUUAUGAUUUGAAUCUAUGAAAUCGCAUUUUGCAGCAAA